AUGAGACAGAAUUUGAUUGGAAGGACGCUUCUCGAGUCAUUAUACAUCUCAACCAACAUUAGAGGCUACGUGGAGUAUAUGCUUCAAUCGGCGCUACUAUUGGGCGCCGAGUAUAGCACACAAACUAAAAUGGACAUUGGCAAUAUACUGGAGUUUGAAACCAAAUUGGCUCAGUUUUCACAAACGGAUGUGUUUUACGAGAAGGUAUCCUUCAAAAAGUUUAAUGAAAUGAUGGAUAAUAGUGUCGAUUGGCUCAACAUAACAAACACUGUAUACAAGGAAUUGAAUGAAACCAUUCGUAUGAAAAGCGAUGAUUUGGUGAUCAUUCAAGACAUUAAUUAUUAUAUAAAUGUGACACAACUGUUGACCACAACUCCCAAUAGAGUUAUUGCCAACUAUUUCGGCUGGAAAUUAAUUAUGAAUUUGGGCUCACAUACCACUACACAGUUCAGGGAUAUUAGUUUUAAAUUGAACCAAUUAUUAACUGGAGUGGAAAAGGAUGUCGAGUUGUGGAGGAGCUGUACGGCCAGCAUAUCGUCUCAAUUGCCAUACGUUUUGAGUCGUGUAUACGUCGACCAACAUUUCACACAAAAUGAUAGACAAAAGAAACAUAGAGUGAAUCCCAAGAAGUCAUUCGAGGCUAUGGUUUAUAUGCAAAGCAAUUGUGUCGAACGAAAUAUGAGAUCAAUUGGACAGCCCGUCGACAUCACUAGAGAGCAAAUGGCCAGGCUCAACCAUCGAACAUUCCCGGCUACUAUUCUGAAGCCACCCUUUCUAUAUAGCAAUGGUCCGGCUACUAUAAACUAUGGGGCCAUUGGAUCGACUAUUGGACACGAACUUACCCAUGGGUUUGAUGGUUGGGAUGCAAAGUACAAUGAAAAGGCAAAUUGUUUUGUCAAACAAUACUCGAGUGAAUACGUACCGGAAGUUCAUAUGAAU